AAAAAAGAGAAAGAUGAAGAAAGGAAACGGAGGGGGGGAAAGAAACAAGAAAAAAAAAAAAAAAAGAAAAAGAAAAAAGAAAAAAAAGAAAAAAUAAAGGAGGAAAAGAAAAAAAAGAGAAGAAAGGAAAAAGAAAAAGAAAAAGGAAGAGAAAAAAAAAAGAAAAAGAAAAGGAAAAAAAAAAAAAAAAAAGAAGAAAAAAGAAAGAAA